AUGAUUCGCAUUGUCAUCGUCGGCGCUGGCCUCAUCGGCCCUCGUCAUGCACAAUCCGUCCUCUCCAACGCCAACACCUCGCUGGUCGCAUUGAUCGACCCAUCUCCAAGCGCUGAAUCCAUCGCUGAACGACUGCAAACCAACUACUUCCCCAGCAUCGAAGCCAUGCUGCAGACGAUCCCGGUCCCGGACGCCGCCAUCGUCUGCACGCCGAACAACACACAUGUCUCAGUGACCCGCUCACUUCUCUCGCACGGAAUGCACGUUCUUCUCGAGAAACCCAUCAGCGACACCGUCGCCAGUGGACGCGACCUCCUUGAAUUCGCCUCGCAGCAGGAACAUCGACAUCUCCGUAUCCUCGUGGGUCACCAUCGUCGAUUCAACCCGUACGUACGGAAAACCAAGGAGAUCAUCGACUCAGGUAGUCUGGGACGCAUUAUCGCCGUCAACGGACUCUGGACGCUCUUCAAACCAGACGACUACUUCGCCGCAGCUCCGUGGAGGCGAUCCUCGUCCUCCGGUGGGGGAGUCAUCCCGAUUAAUUUCGUACACGAUGUAGAUAUCCUGCAUUAUCUAUUCGGCCCGAUUGUGCGCAUUCACGCGGAAAAGACCCUGCAUCAACGCCAGGACCCGUCACAUGACGCUGAGGAAGGCGCUGCGAUAAUUAUCCGAUUUGCCUCCGGGGUUGUCGGCACGUUCCUCGUAUGUGAUGCCACGCCGUCGCCGUAUAACUUCGAGUCCGGUACCGGAGAGAACCCGUUGAUUCCGAAAAUGGAUGGCGGGGCGGACUUUUAUCGCGUGUUUGGAUCGGAAGCGUCGCUGAGUGUGCCGGAUAUGACUAGGUGGAAUUACGAUGGCACGGAGAAGAGUUGGAAUCAACCGCUGACGAGGGAUCGGUUUGCGGUAGAGGAGGAGACGUCGUUUGAUUUGCAGCUGAAACAUUUUGUGGAUGUCAUUCAGGGGGAGGAGCCCAGUUGCUCGGGGGAGGAUGCUCUUCGGGCAUUGAUGGCUUGUGAGGCUGUCCUCGUUGAGGCUAUGCAAGUCACUCCUGAUGGGAAAUUCUCCGAAACAGGGAAGUAUAGCAUCGCUAGGGUAGCGGGCGCAGCGAGUCCAGUUCGGACGGUAUUCCUGAAUCCUGAGUCCCUGUGGGAGCAUGAUUGGGUGGUUAUUAUUCCCAGCAAUGCGAAACAGGAACGACUCACCGUGGUGUCUUCGCACACGAAAACACCGUUCACCGUUCGAGAGUCUGAUCCGAUAUCCUCUGUCUCAGGUAUUAUUAUUGAGGAGAUCAGGGUGAUUGAAGAUGUUCGUAUGGGACUCGCUAUGGAUAUUGCUGCUGCUAGUCGGAUGAGAGGCAUGCCGAAGAUUGCUAUGUUGCGUUCAGCUACUGCUCAGAGUGAUGGGAUGGAAGGAGCGGAUAUUCAAGUCCUGUUGUUCAGUCUGGGAGAACGGAUCCUGAUGUCAAUCUGGAUGGCUAGAAGGCCAACAAGUCGAAUUCUGGACGGUCUCCUGGGUGAUCCGACAUCCAAGUGA